CCAGGGGAAAGCCUGUUUUCAACAUCUUGGCUAUGCGUUGUGUUUGGCCAGCUCAAAACCUGGUUAUUUGGGGAUAACUCAGGUCCUGGAAAACUGUUCAUGUGCAAAAACCUCCAUUAAAGAACUAUCUUUCAAGGGGAAUUAGCCAUCAUGACUGUAGUCACAUCAAACUCAAGCCAAACCCUUGGCCAGUCUCUCCUUAACCAAGUGGAUCAAGUCCUGUCCUUCCCUGUCCUCCAGAUAUCAAAUCUGACCCGCUCCAGUCCAAAAGAACCCAAAAAAACAAGAAGAAGAACAAAGUCCAAGUUGGUCAGCUAUAAUGUUUGGCCUUGUUUCCCUAGUUCCCAUGGUGUUCCCUCUCUUUGGAUGCUCAUAGAACCAUAGAGUAGUUUGUGUUACAAAGGACCUUCAAAGCUCAUCCAAUGCCACUCCUGCCAUGAGCAGGGACAUCUUCACCAGCUCAGGUUGCUCACAGCCCCGUCCAGCCUGGCCUGGGAUGUCUCCAGAUCCAGAGAUGUUCAUCCACCACCUCUCUGGGCAACAUGGGACAGUGUUUUACCACCGUCACUGUAAAAAAAUUUCUUCCUCAUUUCUGGCCUGAAUCUCCCCUCAUUUAGUUUAAAACCAUCAUCCCUUGUCCUGUUGCAACAGGCCUUGCUCAAAAGCCUGUCCCCAUCUUUCUUACUGUCCUCUUUUAAAUAGAGAAAGGCCACAAUAAGGUCUCCUGGAGCCUUCUCUUCUCCAGGCUGAACAGUGUGUGCCCACCUUGGCAAUGAGACACCUUGCACUGGGGUAGGUGGGGUGAUUUGAGGGUAUUGGUAUCUCUCCCAAGCCACUGCUUCCCCAAAGCAUCCAUGCCUGGCAUAUUUCAUGGCUGGAUUACACCAUAUAGCAGUGCUCCUUGGAGUGUGGAGUCCAAAGGGACUGUGUUGUGAGCCAGAAAGCCACCAAGGAGCCGCACCAGAGCUAGGUGUGUAAAAGACACGUAGAUGAGUUUCUUAGGGACAUGCUUUAGUGGCAAUGUUGGGUUAACUGUUGGUCUCAAUGAUCUUGAGUGUCUUUUCCAACCAAAAUUACUCUAUGAUUCUAAGGGGCUUCAACCCAGGGAGGAACCACAGAGGUACGGGGGGCAAGAAGGUGUUCAGUGCCACAUCUUCCAAUAGUCUGUGCCCAUCUCCACCACGUUCUUGGCUACAGAAGAAGUCAGUCCUGUGAAAGCCAAGGCAGGGGAGCUCCUGAUGGUGGUACAGGCGUGCCUCAUUGUAGGACAAGAGACCAGCAAGUUGCAAGCUCCUUUUCCUACAUUUUACUGCAAAAGGCAGCCACAAAAGACCUACAGUGUUUGCAGACAGCAUCACUUGCUUCACCUACAGCCUCCUAUUGCAACGGAACCAAAAGGGGCACCUCCAACCUUUGUCUCUACUCUGUGUGCUGUUGUACUUCCACUCCCUGCUGCCUUUGGGUUUUGUGAUCAUAGAAUCAUAGAAUCAUUUUGGUUGGAACAGACCCUCAAGAUCAUUGAGUCCAACCAUUAACCUAAUACUGGCACUAAACCGUGUCCCUAGAACCUCAUCUGUGAUCAUGAACACUAAGCUCAUGAAUUUGUGUUUGUUGCAGCAUCCCCAUUUUCUGUUAAAACCAGGUUUUUUCAUUCUGUUGGAACUGGAUAGCUGUUGCUGGCUCCUGGAUAAGCAGUAAGGUUUCCUCCCAUUGCGGCUGUCGUGACUGCUGUGUGUCUACAGGUGUGGUGCGAGGGGUUGUUUAGCUUGUUCUUCUGCAUCGAUGUCUCCCAAGGGCAAGCGGUAGAGUUAUCUUCUCUCCUCACCAUUCACUUCCAGCCCUGCCCUGGGAAAUGCCAGCUGAGCAGAAGCUUGGUCCCUUCGGACACCUCAUUAUUUCAGUUUGCCAACGGCGUUGCUUUUCCUCCCUUGGCAGUUUGGCUGUGGGUGUUUGUGACUUCUCAUUUUCCAUGCCCUUGACUCUCAGAGGCUCUCCUUUACCUGCCUCCUCUUUCUUUCAGAAAGGUUUGUUUUGUGGCCAAAGCAAAAGCUGCAGCCCUCUCCCCAAGCCUUCCCUCCCAAUUUGCUGUGGCAUUCACUGCAGGGCUCUGAUCAGACAUGCUUCAACACACCCCUGAUUUUGGAGACUGACCUGGACGGGACAUUUGCUCUCCUUUGGCAAGGUGUUCUGAGGGCUUAUGAUGAACUGCAAGGAGUAAGUGUUGCUAUAAACUGCAGCAGCAACUUUUAAAGCAAAAUGGGAGACGUCAUGUGCACAGAUUAAUCCCUUGAUCCAAAGAGACAUCAGCUCUGCUGGAUGUGGUGGGAUUAGAGCAUGGUCAUAGAAUUAUAGAAUGUCAUGAGCUGGAAGGGACCCGCAAGGAUCAUCGAGUCCAACUCCUGUCCCUGCACAGGACAACCCCACAGUUCACACCGUGUGUCUGAGGACGUUGUCCAGUCUCUUCUUGAACACUGUCAGGCUUGGGGCCGUGACACCUCCCUGGGGAGCCUGUUCAGUGUCCAGCACCCUCUGGGUGAAGAACCUUUUCCUGUGGUCCUUGCUGAAGAUCUCAGAGCCUUUCAUUGGCCCAGAAAUAAUGGACCUCUUGGUCCUUGGUACAGUUGCACGUGCAAUUGUAAUAACAUUCCUGGAGAUACCGGUUGCUCCUUGGCCUUCAGGAAUCUCCACACAUAGGACUCAGUGCCUGCAGGACAAAUCUCUACUCCUGACUGGUCACUAUGCUGAUGUAAGCAACAGCUGAAAGGACAGACAAGGUAGUCUGUUUCACAGGCUGCCCAGAGAGGUUGUGGAGUCUCCUUCUCUGGAGACAUUCAAACCCACCUGGACACCUUCCUGUGUUAUCUGCUCUGGUGACCCUGCGUUAGCAGGUGGGUUGGAGUAGAUGAUCUCCAGAGGUCCCUUCCAACCCAAACCAUUCUGUGAUUCUGUGAAAUGAGGGACAUGGACCAGACUCUGAAGCCAAGUGAUUCACACAGCCCUGCAUCUCCACCACUUAGCCUUGUCUCCUUCCCACUCUGUUGCUUCCAGAGCACAGAGCCAUCUUGGGUGUCAUGCCAUGAGCAGAUGGCUCUGAGGGCACUGACCUCCCGAAGUCCAUUUUGCAUAGGUCUUCUACAACCUGGAGUUAGUUAUUGCUCCCUGAGGGGACCCUGAAGGCUGAUCUUGUAUCUCAGCAGCACAAGGAAGGAACACCACAUGGUUCCUGAGGGCUGUACCUCACUGCUGUCCAUCCAUCAUCAGGUGCAAGGUCAUUGCUUCUUCUACUACAAUCACCUAUGGGGAUAGAAGAAACAAGGUAGUCCAGGCAAGGUCUAUGUAACAUUGUCACAUGUAGCUCAGCUCAAAAAGAUGUCCAGGGUUAUCUGAAGGUAUUUUUAACUUUUAAAACCCAAGGGUUUGAUCAACAGUUGUUGAUAAAGAUGUUUCAAAGCUAGUGAACACAUGAGGCAAGAGCACAGAGGACAGCCAGAAGGGUCAGGUUUCCUCAGACAUCUCUUUUACCCCUUCAAAUGUGUCUGUGUAGCUCUUUGUUUUCUUGGAUCUGUCCUCAGGGUCUUUAGGAGUAACAUCAGACUGGUUUACAUGACUCCCCACAAUGUCUAAAGCUUUGUGCUGAAACCCGUGCACUCUCCAAUUGUCCAAACCAGUGACUACGUCCCAAAGAUACCAUAGCACACUUGCAGGAGUUUGACUGUUUCCAUGGUUUACCUAAAACUGUGGCUAUGGCUUAGCUGUUGUGUCAAUGGGGCCACUUGGCGGAAGUGGCCAUGGCUUGGCAUGGCACCUCACUUCAGGGUCUGCAGCCUCAUGGAGCCAUCCAGUACCUAGCAAAGAGACACACAUUCACCACUGUCCCCCGUUAUCCCAUCCACUGUCUGGACAACUCACCAGCACAGCACUGGUGCUCUGGAUUUAAUCAUGCACAGCAAUUGCUGAGGAAUGAGGGGUUCCAGGUUGGGCAUUAUGCUCUUGAAGGUGUUCAUGUGGGCUCAGAACAUCCCUAUGGUGCCUGGAAAGAGGUUGUUUGGGUUGCUUGUUCAGAAAAGGAAACAGGUUCCUGACGAACGAGUUGAUUAUGAGUCAAACAUGUACCACUGCAGAGAUGGGGGUCAAACUAACAUGAGUGCAACCAGCAGAGCGAGGGAAAAUAUUCUUUCCCUCUGUCUGGCAUUGUUUAAUCCCAAUCUGGUCACUGUUUUGGGGUCCCCAGAAGAAGACAGUGGGAGACUGAAGCAAGCCUGAUGGCAGCCACCAAAAUGGUCUGGAGGACAGGGGGCGCAAGGAGAGGCUGAGGGAGCUGGGCUUGUGUGGCCAGGAGGAAUGAAGGUGAAGGGGGAGCUUGUUGCUGUCUGUAGGUAGCUAAUGAGAGGUUGUGGACAAAAUGGAUCCAGAAUUCUGCUGGGGAUACACAGUCGCAGGACACAAGACAAAAGAACAAGCUCCAGCUUAUCUUCAACAUGAGCAUGAUCAGAUACUGGAACAGGGGCUCAGAGAGGCUGUGGGAUCUCCAUCCAUGGAGAUACAGAAUCACAGAAUGUCAGGGAUUGGAAGGGACCUCAAAAGCUCAUCCAAUGCAAUCUCCCCACCGGAGCAGGAACACCCAGAUGAGGUUACACAGGAAGGUGUCCAGGCGGGUUGGAAUGUCUGCACAGAAGGAGACUCCACAACCUUCCUGGGCAGCCUGGGCCAGGCUCUGGCACCCUCACUGAGAAGAAGUUUCUUCUCAAAUUUAAGUGGAACCUCUUGUGUUCCAGUUUGAACCCAUUACCCCUUGUCCUACCAUUGGUUGGCACCGAGAAGAGCCUGGCUCCAUCCUCCUCACACUCACCCUUUAUAUAUUUGUAAACAUUAAUGAGGUCACCCCUCAGUGUCCUCUUGUCCAGCUCCAGAGCCCCAGCUCCCUCAGCCUUUCCUCACACGGGAGAUGCUCCACUCCCUUAAUCAUCUUUGUUGCCCUGCACUGGAUUCAAAGAUGGACCAGACAAAGCCCCGAGCAACCUGAUUUAACCUUAAAAUAACAUCCGCUUAGAGCAGUGGGCUGGAUCAGAUCCCUCCAGAGUCUCCUUCCAACCUGAAUUAUCCUGAUCCUACACUCAGAGAAAGCCACUGCCACCCAGACCUGCCAGGUGACAUCCUCAGCUGCACGCCUUCGUUUUGGGAUAAUGAGCCAAGCCGCGGUUGUCAGGGAGGUUGCCAGGGAAGCUGACAUCAGACAUCCCUUCCCUAUAGAUUAUCGUGCACAGCAGCACCAUCAGUUUCUCAUCUGCAAAUGAGACGAGAGGGCAACCACAGGAAGCUCCGGAGGGUCUUUUGCGUCACUGACCCGGGUUGCCUAGCACCGCUGGGACCGUGGAGAGGGAGCACCAGCUCUGGGGGCUUGGUGGCUUUUUGCCUCUGUGUGUCCUGUUUGAGAGCCCAAACAUUGCUGAGGACAUAGCAGAGGAGCAGCUGAGGCAAUGGCAGCCGAGGCAGAGAUGCUGGAGCUGCCCUUCAUCCACGAUGACCAGCUCACCCGCUGCAUGCGGCUGCGAUUCCAGAGCCUGCAGCAGAAAAACGUGAGGCCCCAGGACGGCGAGAAGCUGCUGCGACCCAACGAGCACAUCUACCGAGUGGAUUUCAUUCAGCAGCACAACCUGCGCUUCCUCCGCUGGGACAUCCAGUUAGAGAGACCUGGGAAGGUCACGGUGACCGGCACCUCCCAGCACUGGACUCCCGAUCUCACCCACCUUAUGAACCGGCAGCUGCUGGAGCCGGUGGGCAUCUUCUGGAAGAAACCAGGGGCCAAGGAGGUAGAGUGCAACGAGGCAGAUGCCCAGGAAUUUGGGGAGCGAAUAGCGGAGUUAGCCCGGAUCCGCAAGGUGAUGUAUUUCCUCUUCGCUUUCACCGAUGGCCUCGAACCAGCUCAGCUGAAGUGCUCUGUUGUUUUUAAAGCCUGAUCCCCUCUUCCUCAGCCCUUCUUGCUCCAGCUGUGCUUUUGUCUCCAUUUUUCUUUCUCUCAGUUCAGUUCUUGGUUCAUUUUUUAUGUGAUUUUUGUUUUUUUAUGAGGAACAGCAUCAUGAAAAUGUGGAGGACAGCCAGGUGCUUCUGGAGCCCCUUAGCCCUGUGAAAUAUUCCCCUAACAUGUUGUCCUCUGUCUGAAUGAUGGGAAGGAGUGGGUCAUGUAUUUGCCUAGAAUAUAGUACUGCAUGCUUGGAAGUUCAGCAGGGAUUCACCAGGUCUGACCUGUGCAGCGCCUUGCUGGCUUGGAAAUAAGAAGCUGAUCUAAGCCCUCCAACUGUGGCAACUACGUACGAAAAGGCUAAUGGAAAAAUAACAAAUCGCCACACUAGAAACAGGAGAGACAACCUGGAGAGAGCCCUGGCUUCCAGUUUCCGUCCUAGCCAUUAAAAGGGGAGGGCUUGUUUGCAGUGGGGUGCUUCUCCUUGCAAGGAUACUGAGUGCUUGCAGGCUGCAGUGAUUCCCGCUGCAACAGUGGCUGCUUGGUGUCCCUGAAGACCAGCCCCAUGAAGUUUGAGCUCACCUUGCCGUGAAGAUGAAGCAUAUUUGGACAUGCCAUCUUCUGCAGGUUGCAAACCCACUGGACAAACUGGUGCAGGGAGGUUGGACUGCUCUUUUCCUGACAGCUGUCACCGUUUCUUGCUGGGGGUCACUGUGGGGAGGUGUGUUCCAGAAAGAUGCUCACCUUGUGCUGCCUGGAGGUUGUUGGUCCUAAGGUGGGUUGGAGCAGGUGUGUGUGCAGAGGGGGCAAGCGAGCCGGCGGCUUGGAGCAGGCUGUAGGUCUGAGCCAGCAGUGCGUCUCCUGCAGCAAAAACGAUUUGUGCAUUGUUGCGACCUUAAAGCACCCACUGAUAUAUUUACUCUGAAGCAUCUGUAGAGAGUCACGAGGCUGCAGAGCACUUUGCGAACCACAGAGCAGGAACCUGCUGCUGCUCCCAAAAAGCAGUAUCUCCUGCCCUCUACAAAUGCUGAGGCAGGAAGCACUGUCUGGGUGGCCACGGGAGCAGAGAGGGGAGAUGGUACCUUUGCAAGUUUAGGAGCAGGAGAAUGUUUUGUGCCUGGCUUGCCCCAUGACUGUGAAUAAACUACUAACUUUGGACAUUCUCUUUUCCUGUAUCAAAAAGUGGAGGGGACUUUGGUGAAGCUUCUUGAGGCCCACAGAUGGAAAUGUCCUUUGAAAGAGUCCAGUAUUAUUACAAUUGAUCCUUUGCUAAGAUUGCAUCCAAAUGUGGGUGAGCACUCCUCAAGGUACAGCCUGAGAUUUGUCUGAGAUGUGUAAGGAGAGGGCAGUGAUGGGAAAGCCAGGACAAGGUGGCUUUUUACCCAUGGCCUGCUAACUUACGUGGACCACCCCCACAAGAUGUCUAACCUUGUUGGACUCCCCACAAGAGUCCAACCUCUUCUUCAAAGCCCCCAGAGACGCAGAAUCCAUGCCCUACCCACAACAAUAGUGUAUAAAAUGAUAUGCACAUGCUAUACCAGGCAGAGAGGAGAAGGAAAGCAAGAAGAUCAGCUACUGGCUGGAGAGAUAAUUGGAGCUUUGAGUCUUACACACAACCAAAGCUCAGCAGCCACCAAAUCAUACAGACAUGUCAUGGGCAUUGUUGGGGAAGUUGAUGUUUUUGUUUAAACCCCAAGAAAUACUGGACUCAGUGAGGAGACAUAAAAGUGGAUGCAUCCCAGCUUGGCCGUAGCAUGGACCCACUGUGGGCCAAGCCCACUUCUAGGGUUCUAGAAGACUUUCCCAUAGGAGACGUCUCCUUGUAGAAGCAUAGAAUCACAGAAUAAUUUGGGUUGGAAGGGACCUUCAAAGCUCAUCCAGUGCAACCCCUGCCAUGAGCAGGGACAUCUUCACCAGCUCAGGUUGCUCAGAGCCCCGUCCAGCCUGGCCUGAGAUGUCUCCAGGGAUGAGGGGCAUCCACCACCUCUCUGGGCAUAUUUGUAUCAUACAGCCCACAUUAGACCUGAUAACAGGAGCUGCUGCCAACAUCCAAAGGGGUUUUUGCAUGCCAGGACUUACAAUAUGCCAUUGCUACAUUGCUGGUUGCUGGGGUAGAGUUCUUGCUGCAGAUACUCACUGGGAAUUGAUGUACCACAGUAAAUAAAAGCCUAGUCAACAGGGUUUCCCU